AUGGCGGUGCCGCGCGAAGAGUGGAAGGCGACAGACUUUGUAGUGGACGACAUGGUGUACUCCAGCAUCGACGUGCUCGUCAUGGAUGCCCUACGCCACCUACAAUGCUUGGAGAAGGAUAGCACGCUCAGGCUGUACACCGCGUUCAUCUAUCACUUCAAGAAGUGGGCGGCGAAGAUGAUGAAGCAGAUACGCGACAAGCUACCCCAUGAGCAACGACUUAGGCACGUCGACGAGAUCGGCCACUACAUCCGCGACAACAAGAAAAAGGAUUGGUGCAACGAGAAACCCGGGGAGGAGAACAAUGCCACGCGAACCGGGCCUGUGAGGUCGACAACUGUGCACACGAUCCUCGGGCGCAUAAAGGCAUGCCAGAUGGCGGCGAGGGUGGAGGCGACGCUGUACCGAGAGAAGGAGCUGGGCAUCAUGAGGGAGAUCUCAGUGGUCAGAUCGGAGAAACUGCGCCGACCGUCGACGCGGCACCAUCGGCGAUACCUACACCGCCGAGCAGUUCCGCCAGAUCAUGAUGAAGGUGCUGCCGACAUGGGCGGCGGCGGCGUGGAACCCGCGGGCAACCACUCCGUCGCAGACGCUGUGGCGAUUCCUGCUCGUCAAGGUGCUCACGCUACUCUCCCACCACUCUCUCUCCUGCACGGCGCCAGCAUCCGCAAGAUCACGCUCCCCGACGUCUUCUUGUACCACCUGGCGAGCACCUCGGAGGUGAACCCGAAUAGCCAGUCGGCCAUCAUGGUGAUCGCCGCGCGUAACUUGAAGACUUCCAAGGAUGCCCGUCUUCAGCAGAGCUACGCGGCGCAACACCUGGAAGCGGAGCUGUGCGCCGUCGGCGAGACCGGCCUGUGGCUGCACUUCAUCAUCGACCAGAUCGGUCAGUUCUCCGGCACCGACUUCCUUCCACCGCUUGACACCACUGAACACGAACGCUGGUACAAGAAGCAUCUCUUCUUCGCCAAGAAUGACAAGGAGCAGGAGGAGCUCCCCGCCGCCACCCACCAACGUUGGACCCGGCAGAUGUGGACGACCAACAAGGUGUUCUGCAAAAGGAACGUGCACGUCGCCCGCGCCGGAGGUGCGCAGGAGCUAGCCAUCGGAGGGACGCCGUGCGCCGAGAUCGCCGAGCUGGGACACUGGGCUCUCGACAAGAUGACGCGUGCGUACAUCACGGCCAUUCCCGUUAGGGUGGUGAUGCGGAAGGCCGGCUACUCGGGACUCAAGCAAGACUACUUCUUGGGGUGCAGCAGGGUCGAGCCCUCCAACAAACUCCUGGACCUCCUCGCCGAGCACAUCUUCCCCGGCGUGGAUGCUAUGCUGCGCGAUGCGGAGACGCGUGCCGUCAACGGGAUCGACGCCGACAAAGCCGCAGUGCACUUCUUGCGCACCCUCGUGAUGUUCCGACGCAUCAUCGCCGAGGACCUCGCGGUGAAGCUCGUCCGCACACCGUGGCGCCCGUACGUCCAAGUUUCCAAGCUUUGCAGGAUUUCCCUCUUCCAACACUGGGCGAAAAGGGUCGAGUUGGUCGACACCGAUACGAUCAAAAAGCGCCGGGACCCGACUCAGAUUCAGCCGGAGGAAAUAUCCGUCCGCAUGGACACCCAGUAUCACAACAUGUCCCUCAAGGAGGCGCUGAAGAAGGAGGUCGAGUGCUCGGCGCUCGGGAAGUUAGGCCUUCAGGAGACGAUCGAGAUGCAAAACGACACCAUCGCGUCGCUCACCGCUGAGCUUGCUCGAGUCAUCGAGGCACUCCGUGUGUCAGAAGCCCGGAGGAUGCCGGCGGCGCCGCCGUUGGCGACCGAGCAAGCUCCAAGCGAGGGUGGCUCCGCGGAUUCGGCCAACACGGGGACCGGAGCCAAGAGAGAUUAUGGGAAACCCCCGCCACCCCUCCAGAUGGUAGAGAAGGCCAGUUACGAGCUCAACGUGGUGCAACCUUGGCGGGAGGUAAAGACCGUGCGGGACGCUUGGCGCCUCUCGAACUCCGCCACCGCCAAUGACACCAGUUGUCUUUGCGACAGGGUCGCCGAGCCAGGGUUCAUCGACCGCCACACCCUCCUCAAAGGCGCAACGCAGGGUGCACUCAAUAUGAGGGUGUGCCGCAUGCUGAAGGCCAUGGAUACGGUGCGCCAGCUACGCGCGAGCGACGGCGAUGCUGACACCGAAGCCGUGGUCGAUGCACUGAACACGAUUGCGGCACCGAGCAUUGGGACCUUUUGCGAUGCCCUCACGGUGCUCAACCCGGAGACGGCACCGACGAUGUCCAAGGAGCCUGGCAUGGGCGUCAAGGGGCUUGCCCCCAAGGUGGUCUCGAAGCUACGCCUCGCCUGUGCGCUGGUGGCGCUCGAGCUGAAGCCGAGGACGUGGGUCGACCGCCUGUUUCCAGACACCUAA